AUGCUAACGGCGCUCCUGGACCAGAAACAAAAGCAGCAGCAGGCUGAGAAUGCGGAGGGCGCCGCGGGGAAGAAAAAGAAGAAGGUUACCGCCGCGCAGUUGCGCGUGCAGCGAGACCUGCAGGAGCUGGCGCUGGGAAGCACGAUGAAAAUGUCCUUCCCCAACCCGGACGACAUCCUCAACUUCGUCCUCACUAUCGAGCCCGACGAGGGCAUGUACAAGGGCGGCUCAUUCCAUUUCAACUUUUCUGUGAACCAGAACUUCCCGCAUGACCCGCCAAAGGUCAAGUGCACGCAGAAGAUUUAUCAUCCCAAUAUCGAUCUGGAGGGCAACGUGUGUCUGAAUAUCCUGCGGGAGGACUGGAAGCCGGUGUUGAAUCUGAAUGCGGUGAUUGUGGGCAUGCAGGUGUGCUCCUUUCUCCCUUUGAUUAUUUUCCUCUUCCUCGAGCCCAACGCUUCCGACCCCCUCAAUAAAGAAGCCGCUGACGACCUGCGCACGAACCGGGACGCUUUCAAGAAGAAUGUACGCAACUCCAUGGCUGGAGGGAUGGUUCGCGGGGUGCAAUUCGAGCGAGUGAUGAAAUGA